AGGCCGGAGUCUCCGUCGUCGGGCUUUUCUCCCGCUUCGCUUCGCCAUGAGCAGCUACGCGCUGGAGCCGCUGGGCGCGCCGCCCUCGUCGUCCUACCGGCGUGUGGCGGAGAGCCGCACCACCUUCACCCGGGCCAGCCUCUCGCCUUCCAGCAGCGGGUUCCGCUCCCAGUCCUGGUCCCGCAGCGCGCCCAGCUCGGCGGCGUCGGUCACCCUUCGCAGUAGCGGCGGGGGCGGCGGCGGCGCGGCGAUGAUGAUGCGCGGCUCCUUCGGCUCGGCGUCGGAGAGCCUCGAGCUGAGCCAGGCGUCCCUCUUCAACGGCGUCUCCUCCCUGGAAGGCGGGAAGCGCUCCAACGAGAAGGAGCAGCUGCAGGGCCUGAACGACCGCUUCGCCGGCUACAUCGAGAAGGUGCACUCGCUGGAGCAGCAGAACCAGGCGCUGGAGGCGGAGAUCGCGGCGCUGCGGGCGAGGCAGAGCGGGCGCUCCGAGCUGGGCGAGGCCUUCGAGGCGGAGCUGCGCGAGCUGCGGGCGGCGCUGGAAGCCACCGGGAGGCAGAAGGCGGCGCUGGCCUUGGAGGCCGAGCGCCUGGAGGAGGACGUGCAGCGCCUCAAGGAGCGCUUCGAGGACGAGGCGCGGCUCCGCGACGACACCGAGGCGCUCAUCCGCGCCCUGCGCCACGACGUGGAGGAGUCCUCCCGCGCCCAGGCCGAGCUGGGGAAGAAGGCGCUGGCGCUGCAGGACGAGGUGGCCUUCCUCCGCGGGAGCCACGAGGAGGAGGUGGCCGAGCUGCUGGCCCAGGCCCAGGCCUCCUCCCGCCUGGCCGCCGCCGAGCGCCACGACGCCUUCCUCCGCAGCGACCUGGCCGCCGCGCUGAAGGAGAUCCGCGCCCAGCUCGAGGGCCACUCCGGCCACAACCUGGCCCAGGCCGAGGAGUGGUUCCGCGGGCGCUACGCCCAGCUCUCCCAGGCCGCCGAGCAGAACAAGGAGGCCCUCCGCGCCGCCAAGGACGAGAUCGCCGAGUACCGCCGGCAGCUGCAGGCCAAGAGCGUCGAGCUGGAGGCCGUGCGCGGCACCAAGGAGUCCCUCGAGAGGCAGAUCUGCGACGUCGAGGAGCGGCACGGGCAGGACCUGGGCACCUAUCAGGACACGAUCCAGCAGCUAGAAAACGAGCUGAGAGGAACCAAAUGGGAAAUGGCUCGCCACUUGAGGGAGUACCAGGACCUCCUCAAUGUCAAGAUGGCUCUCGACAUUGAAAUUGCCGCAUACAGGAAACUUCUUGAGGGUGAAGAGACAAGAUUCAGUGCCUUCUCCGGCAGCAUUACUGGGCCAACAUUUACACACAGGCAACCUUCAGUCACAAUAGCAAGUAGCAAAAUCCAGAAAUCCAAAGCUGAACCUCCAAAGCUCAAGGUCCAACAUAAAUUUGUAGAAGAAAUCAUUGAAGAAACCAAAGUUGAGGAUGAGAAAUCUGAACUGGAUGAGGCCCUUGCAGCCAUGGCUGAAGAGCUGGCAAGUGGAACAAUGCCUGAGGAAGAGGAAGAGGAAGGAGAAGCUGUGGAAGAGGAAAUAGUAGCAGAGGAAAAGGCUGAGGUCGAAGCAGCAGCCCCAGAAGCCGAAGAAGAAGGAGGAGAGGAAGAGGAGGAGGAUGAAGAAGCAGAGGGAGAUGCAAAAUCCGAUGAGGCAGAAGAAGGUGGCUCUGAAAAAGAAGAAGAAAAGAGUGACAAGGAGGAGGGCGAGGAAGAAGAGCAAGCUGCUGAGGAAGAAGGAGAGGGAGAUGAAGCAGAGGGCAAGGAAGGAGAGGAGGCUGCAGAAGAAGGCGAGGAAGAGGUUGAGGAAACCAUUGCAGCUGCCAAAGUAGAAAAGGCCAAAGCAUCUCCACCCAAAUCUCCUGUGGGAGAUGCUAAGGAGAGUAAAAGUGGAGAUCAGAAAGGAGAGGAAGCUGAGGAAGAGGAGAAAGCAGGCUCACCAGCAAAGGAAGGCUCUCCUGAGAAAGCAGGGACACCAGAAAAGGGGAGCACUCCAGAUAAAGAGAAAGCUGGGACUCCAGAAAAGGCAGAUUCCCCAAAGAAGGCUGGGACACCAGAAAAGGGAUCUCCUGAAAAACCAGGCACUCCAGAGAAAGGAUCCCCAGAGAAGGCAGGGACACCCGAAAAAGCAGGAACCCCAGAGAAGGCGGCUUCUCCAGAAAAAGGAGGGACUCCAGAAAAGGCAGGGACUCCAGAGAAAGCUUCUUCUCCAGUGAAAGCAGGGACUCCAGAGAAAGCAGCUUCUCCAGUAAAGGCAGGGACUCCUGAAAAGGCAGGGACUCCAGAGAAAGCAGCUUCUCCAGAGAAAGCAGCUUCUCCAGUAAAAGCAGGGACUCCAGAGAAAGCAGCUUCUCCAGAAAAGGCAGGGACUCCAGAGAAAGCAGCUUCUCCAGUGAAAGCAGUGACUGCAGAGAAAGCAGCUUCUCCACUGAAAGCAGGGACUCCGGAGAAAGCAGCUUCUCCGGAAAAGGCAGGGACCCCAGUGAAAGAAGAGGUUAUCACUGUCACCAAGGUAGAAAAAGUUAGUGUAGAGAAAGAAUCAAAGGGGGAAACGAAAGAAAAAAGUGAGAAAGCAUCCAAGGAAUCUACCAAAGAAGACAUUGCCGUGAAUGGAGAAGUGGAAGAGAAAGGAGAGAAGGGAAAGCAAGUUGAGGAGGAAGACAAAGGGGUGUUCACCAAUGGCCUGGAUGUGAGCCCCGUUGAGGAGAAGAAAGGGAAGAGUGAGGAGAAAGUUGUCGUAAGCAAAAAAGUAGAGAAAAUCACAAGCGAUGAGGGUGACGGGACCACUACAUUUAUUACAAAGUCUGUGACGGUCACACAGAAGACGGAAGAGCACGAGGAAAACGUUGCAGAGAAAUUGGUGUCCACCAAGAAGGUAGAAAAGGUCACUUCUACACAUGCCGUUAUGAAAGAAGUUAAGGAUAGCAAUUAAGAUAAUCUUUUCCCCUUUCCCCUCUAAAGAGCUUAGGUCCGUGCAAAAGGUUAAGCCAUAUGACAGCUGCAAAAUGCAUGUAAGUGACGGCUUCUCAACAGAACGGGUUCUCUCGUGGAGUCUCCAGAAACACUCGACUUUCUUUUUUUCAUUUCUUUUUGUGCACUACCCAGGGAUCGGGAGAGGAAUGCAUGCAAAUCCGACGUGCUCCCUCUGCAGAACUUGGGGAAUUUCCAAAUUUAAAAAAAAAAUGCAUGAGCUGUUAUUCUUACAGAGGAACUUGCCGAAUUUCCUAAGCUGCUGACGGGACACUUCUGAGGAACAUCUUGAGAUGUAUUAUGCAAAGAAUCAACUGAGCCAAAUACAAACAAACCAUAACAAAAGAAUGAAUGAAAAUGAUAAUAAUACCCCCCAAACUCUCCCAGCCUUAAGCUAUUUAAUAAUUAUGUUUACCUCACUGGUGCAAUGAAAGAUGGAUGUUUGUCCAUGGGAGAACCUACCUUGACAUGCACAGUACGCAACGUUUUGUUGUUUGAUGUAAAGCAGUCACAGCUGUUCAUGCUCAAUAAAGGUCAUAUUGGAAACGUG